CGGACAUUUCCCAUGAGAGAGAGUGCGUCACGCGCUGCCGGCAGUUGUUUGCUGAUCGCCGCGUCGGGCAGACACGGUCAUUCUGGGUCAUAUGGUCUCCCAAGUUUUUGCUGUUUUCUUUCAGAUAAGGCCACGAUACUUGUUACGCAGUGCGGCAGCCUUGUCGGAGUCUGGUGAAGCGUCCUCUGCCUCUCGAUCCCCUUCCCCUCCUGCCCCACGUGCCUUCUGUGGGCCUUCUCCUCUCCCUGGGUCCACUGUUCGCCCUCAAGAUGACGACGACAGGCACAGGGAUCAUUCAUCUCGUCGCUUGAGUGGGAGGCAUGGUUGCGUGAGAUUACGUAACAGUGCUGACGCACGUGGUUCCCGCGGCACUUCUCCUGCUCCUCCCCCUUGGUCAGUUGUGUUGGACGCCUUGGCUGAUUUGAGGGGUGAAGUGGAGGCCUUGCAGGCAGACAGACGGCAACUACCACCCCCUACUGGGUCGGCGCAGGUGACUGUGGAGGACAGUACUCUGGGGGGCUGGGGUUUGUCGCCUCCUUGUUCUGCCACUUUUUCUGGUUUCUCGGCCAGGAUGAGUGAGGAUGAGGCAGUGUCGAUGCCUGCCGCCCCUGCUGACAGCACCUUAAUUCAGGGCACUAAGGCCUUUGGUCCUUCUGACACGGUGGUUGCUGACAUUGACAAUAGAGUGGCAGAGAUGGUAAACUUUCUCUUUGAUAAUGGUAUGAGAGAGGAGGACUACAAGGCCAUGUGUGAGGACGAUGUUGUCAAGAGGCCUAAUAACUGCCAUGCUCUUGCGCCAGUGGAAUGCAACCCACAGGUGUUGGAGGCCCUGAAGCUGGAUGCCAGGAAGACAGACUUCCGCUUGGAGGUAAAUAAGGACAUCCUGCGGGCUUCAACCAUUAUCACCAAAUCCUUAGUGGCACUGGAUGAUUUGGCUGAACAGGAAGGUAACCCCAAGUUGACACAUGAGGUGAGCAUGCUAAAUGGUGCAUUGGCAUUGCUAGGCAAUGCCAAUCACAGGAACAAUUUGGCCAGGCGUUUUGUCAUGAAAUGCGAGAUAAACUAUAAAUAUGCUCAUCUUUGUUCAGAUAAGGUGCCAAUUACUCGCUUUCUGUUCAGUGACGAUGUGUCCCAGUCUGCCAGACAAAUUGAGGAAGCGGAGACACUGCGGAGUAAGUUCUCGCAGAAAAAGCCUGCCUUUACUAGCAAGUUCGCAGGUAAACGCCCUGGUGGAUAUUGGAACAAGCCUGCUAGUAGGGGAUAUUACGCCAGGUUCCAACCCUACGGGCAACAGAGGUAUGGCUCCAGGGCUGCCCCACGACUGCCUUCCACUCAUCAGGAUGUGGAGCCAAAAAACUCCAAGGGCCGGGGCGGCCGCAGCAGGCAGCCCCAGUAAACUUACAGGCAAGUGCAUGUUUUGAAGCUGGCAGACUACACUCUUUCCUGCAUGAGUGGCGUAAAAUUACCAGUGACCCUGUCAUUUUGGAUAUUGUUCAGCAUUGCCACCUUGAUAUUGAUGUCGAUAGUGUUCAUCCUUUAUUUUUUAAUGAUUUGGAAUACAGGUUCAACACUGUGCAACAGGGGAUAAUUUCUGGAGAGAUCAAAAAACUUUUACAGCUUAAAGUCAUUAAAGUCACACACAAACAAACUCAGCAGGUUAUCUCUCCUAUUUUUUUUGCGAGAAAAGAAAAACGGGGAAUUUCACCUGGUUCUUAACUUGGAGAGGUUAAACAAAUACAUACCAUAUAAACAUUUUAAAAUGGAAAAUUUUGAACAGGCCAUCAGGCUCAUCAACCAGGGUGAUUUCUUGGCUUCUGUCGAUCUCAGGCAUGCUUAUUAUUCUGUUAGGGUUGCAGAUGAGCAACAAUGAUUUUUAUGUUUUACAUGGCAAGGUGUUAUCUAUUAAUUCACCUGCCUCCCUAAUGGCAUUUCUGAGGGACCUCGGCUUUUCACCAAACUGAUGAAGCCAGUAUUUGCUACUUUAAGGCAGGAAGGAUACACUAUCACCAGCUUUAUAGAUGACACAUUAAUUUGCAGUAACUCUUACUCAGGAUGUCUUCAGGCGAUUCAGGCCACCAUUUCUCUGUUGCAGAGGUUAGGCUUUUGUAUCAAUAUGGAGAAGUCUGUUCUCACCCCCACACAAUGUAUUGAAUACCUAGGCAAUGUUAUUAACACCAAGUUCAUGACUGCCUCUUUACCUGAGCGUAGACUAAUCAACAUUCGCCAAGGAUGUGCAGAAUUUUUGUGUAAAGAUGUUGCCCCCAUUCGAGAGGUGGCCAGGGUGAUUGGCCUCAUGGUGGCUGCGAUCCCAGCAGUGGAGUUAGGUAAACUUCACUACAGGAAGUUGGAGGGGGGAAAAAUUGCCGCUUUGAAACAGGAGUAUGGUAAUUUUGACAGGCCUUUGAAUAUUACUGCAGACAUGAAACUAGACCUUUCCUGGUGGUUAGACAAUGUGGACAGACACCACAGACACAUUUUUAGGCCAGGUACUGACAUCGAUUUAUUUACUGAUGCCUCCAGCCUUGGUUGGGGGGGUCAUUUGGGGUGUCAGAUUACAAGUGGUACUUGGUCCCUGGAUGAAAAGGAGCUUCACAUUAACAUCCUGGAGAUGAAAGCCAUUCUAUUCUCUUUGCAAGCAUUUGAACAUGAGCUGGAAGGUAGACAUGUUAGAGUUUUUUGUGAUAAUACCACUGCCAUAAACUAUGUCAAUGAAAUGGGAGGCACAAAGUCCAAGUCCUGUAAUGAUGUUGCUACCCAGAUUUGGGAUUGGUGUCUGGAACAUGACUCAUGGGUUACAUGCUCGCACAUACCGGGGAAGGACAACACCUUGGCUGACGUAGCCUCUCGCAAGAUUAAUGACAGACAUGAGUGGAAACUCGACUCACACAUUUUUACUACCUUGUGUAAUGUUUUUGGGACACCGUCCAUUGAUUUAUUUGCCUCAAGGCUUAACAAACAGGUUAAUACAUUCUGUUCGUGGUUGCUAGAUCCGGAGGCUAAAUAUUUUGAUGCUUUUUCCUUGGACUGGUCAAACUUUGAUUUGUCUUACAUUUUCCCCCCAUUCUUAUUAAUUGCUAGGUGCCUUCAGAAGUUACGUGCAGAGCAAGCACGAGGCUGGAUGGUGGUUCCUCUGUGGCCGUCCCAGUUUUGGAUGGGCAUGCUGCUCCAGUUGCUAAUAGACUUCCCACGUUUGAUAACGAACAGGAGGAAUGUUCUAACACACCCGUCCACAACAGAUCCACACCCCAUCAUGUCCCACACGAGGCUCAUGGCAUGCCUUCUGUCAGGGAAAACUUGCAGAAACGAGGAGUUUCGCCGGCGGCUGCGGACAUCAUACUUGCCUCCUGGAAACCAGGUACUGAGAGGCAAUACCGCCCACAUGUCCAGAGGUGGUCGUUGUUUUGUGGUAGACGGAAUGUCGAUCCCACUUCUCCAACUGUAGAUCACAUUGUAAAUUUUUUGACGGAAACCUUUGACAGGGGUGUGGGUUAUGAGUGUGUGAACACUGCGAGGGGUGCCCUGUCUUCUCUCGGCAUUGUGGUGGCCGGAUGCAGGGCAGGAAAUCACCCUUUGGUCAUCCGAUUCAUGAGAGGGGUUUUCAAUCUUAGAACUCCUCAGCCCAGGUACACUGACACUUGGGACGUCCAACCUGUCUUAGAGCAACUAAGGUCCAUGUUCCCCUUACAUGCAUUAACCCUUAAAGAAUUAACGCUAAAAUUGGUUAUGAUGAUGGACUUAACUCAAGCUGCCAGAAUUCAAACUUUACAACUACUGUUAAUCAGAGACAUGCUCAUUAAUGAACACUCCAUUUCAGUACAGUUGGGGGCACUCUUAAACAAUCCAGACCAAAUUUUAACAUCAACAGGGUCACAUUCCAUCGUUACCCUAAGGAUCCACGAUUAUGUGUCUGUAGCACUCUCCUGAGGUACAUUGAUGUGACUAAAGAGCUUAGACAGGAUGAGAUGCACACUGAUGCCAGGCUCCUCAUUAGCUUCAUAAAACCCCACAAAUCAGUUUCCAAAGACACUAUUGCCCGUUGGGUCAGGACCAUUCUCCGCAUGUCCGGCAUAGACAUCUCAAAGUUUUCCGCUGGUAGUGUGCGGCCAGCAGCAGCUUCGAAAGCUGGAGUGGAGGCUGUCCCUGUCGCAUGCAUUAUGGCUAAGGCGGGCUGGUCUAGGGAAUCUACCUUUGCAAAAUAUUAUAAUAAGAACAUUGUGGCUGCUUCUGACCUCUUUCAGGAUGCAGUGCUAGAAUAAGAUAUGAUUUGGGUUUGUUGCUGCACUCCAGUGUUGCAGUACACGGAUAUUUUAAGUAUUUAGUAUCUAGUACCUUAGGUUUACCUUAUGAUGUGAACUGUUACCAUAUUUCAACAUUGUUUGUAGAUUGGAUUAAGUUGGAUGGAAUGUACCUUAUUUUAUACACCAAUUGUAUGAUUGUCUCAUGUACAAGAUCCUUCCAUGGAAUAAUAGUUAUAGUACUGUUU